AAUUGGUUUGCAGUCUAUGACACUCCUGGAUGCCUUUCAGGAAGCUGCAGCACCAGGGGGGAUUCUUCACUGAGUAGCUGUGGGAAUGAUUUGCGUGCAGGGAGAGCAGAUGUAGUAACCAUCUAGUGGCACAUUAACAAGUAUAGAUUAGCCUGCAUAUGGUGCCCGCACACCCGGGUAUACAGAUUAUGCGUAUGCUGCCUGUGCACCUGUCCUGUGCGUGUCUCUGGGCGAAGGUGCUUCUUGGGCAUUUAUUUGCUCAGGCCUACCUUCCCCUGCUCCUGAGGGCAUGUAAGAAGUUUAACCAAGCUGGCAGAGCUGAGGAGAUUAAGUGCCUGGAGCGGCUGGGCUAGACUAGAAAGGACAGGGGAUUUCCGGGCUAGAGUGCUGAAAGCACAGAUUCCCACCUCCCUAGUUCUAUAGAGCCAGAAGGGCAUUUUUUGGAAGGCUGGGAUGACAAAGAAGAGUGACCCUGACAUGACUACAAAGCUUGGGGCGAUGCUCACUGAGUGAGUGACUGAGGGGUGAGAACGGACGGUUUGUUGAUGACAGGAAUGCUAGCAUUUAGGAAAGCGAGGAAGAAACUCAGGAUGGGGACCAUAUGCUCCCCCAACUCAGGAGGGACAAAGACCGUGGACGUCUGCAAUGCCGACUGGAUGGGCUCACUCCCCCCUCGUCUCAGCACAUUGCCCCUUUCCAAUCUGGCUAUCCCAGGGUCUCAUGAUUCUUUCAGCUACUGGGUAGAUGAAAAGUCUCCUGUGGGACCAGACCAAACCCCAGCUGUCAAGCGUCUUGCCAGGAUCUCCUUUGUAAAAAAGCUGAUGAAGAAGUGGUCUGUGACACAGAACCUGACGUUCAGGGAGCAGCUAGAGGCAGGGAUUCGCUACUUUGACCUGCGUGUGUCAUCCAAGCCUGGCGAUGCUGAGCGGGAGAUCUACUUCAUCCAUGGUCUUUUUGGUAUCAAAGUCUGGGUUGGGCUGAUGGAAAUCGACUCUUUCCUCACACAGCACCCCAGAGAAGUUGUCUUCCUGGACUUCAACCACUUCUAUGCCAUGGAUGAUGCCCACCACGAAUACCUGAUUCAAAGGAUCCAGGAGGCAUUUGGGACCAAGCUCUUCCCAUCUGAGAGAGUGGAGAAUGUGACCCUGAAAACCCUGUGGGAGAAAAAAUGCCAGGUUCUUAUUUUCUACCAUUCUCCUCUCUCCAUGCAAUACCCUUUCCUGUGGCCAGGACACAGGAUUCCAGCACCAUGGGCCAACACAACAUGCGUGAGGAAACUCAUACUCUUCUUAGAAACAACUCUUGGUGAGAGAGCUCCCCAUGGGGCUUUCCAUGUCUCCCAAGCUAUUCUCACACCCAGAGUGAAGACCAUUGCCCGAGGCCUGGUGGGUGGCCUCAAGAACACACUAGUACACAGGAACCUUCCUAUGAUUCUGAAUUGGGUGAAGACACAGAAACCUGGAGUCCUGGGUGUCAACAUCAUCACGUCUGACUUUGUUGACCUGGUGGACUUUGCCACAACUGUCAUUGAGUUGAAUAACCUCCUCCUACAAGGGGACAGAGCUCUGUCUAAAUGCUGAUUUCCUUUUUUUUAAUUUAAGUCCAUAUUGAAUUUAUUGAUUCAGGGCAGAGUUUUGACAGGUGUCCCUACCAAUGGUAGUAGUUCCUGGGCAGAUUUUUGGAAGAGAAUAAGAGGAGGCCUUUUUUCUUUAUUCAUGGGGACCUGUUGAGUAAUGUUGACAAUACUAUCGAUUUCAGUUUUCCAGAUGAAGCUUUUGACAUACUGGAAAGUCCAAGGGGAAAAAUCCCACUUUAGAUAAUUGAUGUCAGAGUUUCUUUUCACUGAAUCAUAGGAUAUAUUCAUUGGUCAAAAACGUGGAUAAUAGGCCUCCUCAGGAUAUCUUGUGUCCAUUGUCUGGUUUCUUUCUUUUCCAUCUUUCAAGAUGUGUUUGUGCCAGUAAGAGGCCUGACACUCAAGUGGACAUCCCUGAUCAGAGAAACAUCCUUUCCCAAGUGUUGUCUGCCCUGUGGUAGCUAGAGCAUUAACCUAGGACUCUGAUGCCACCCCCCUCAGCAGUAAGAGAAAGACCUGGUAUUAGGUAAGGGUUGGGCAAUAAACAACCUACUUUUUCUAAGAGCCAGCCAGUAGGAUUUUGCAUGGUGGUAUUAGUGAGGGGGUUGCUAUUGUAUUGCUUGCCCUGGUCACAUGCCAACUGAUUUGUCCCGAGAAAUAGAGCCCAGAGAUUUAGGUAAUAGUUAUAUUUUACAGUCCCCAAACAUUACUUCCUUUCCAUCUGUCUUGGUUGCAUAUAAGAGAAAGAAAGGGGGAAGAUACUUUUAAAUUUGGGAUUGAAAAUGGUUAGAUUUGCAUGCUUUCUCAUUUCUCUUUUUGUUUUGUUUCGGAAUUAUUUCCCAAUGGACUUCCAGUUGAACUCUAAAUCAUUUUGGCAGAGGCCUCUUUGCAGCAGUGUCUUCAAGCCAGAUACUGAGGUCACGGUCAACUCUGGAGUACAUCUGGGACUGGUGUCUGUCUUUGUGACAUCAUGCCAAGAGAAUGUACCACGUGGAGAUGCCACAAUAAACUGAGGCAAAAUCAUGAUUGAAAAGUGCAGUGGCAUUCCAUGGGCAUGUUCCAACUGGGUUUGGAGCCAUUCUGUGAUUCUUUGGAAACAAGACUACCUCGAGGACAUUUAGGACGGUUUGUGUGUCAUCCCCAAAACCCAAACAAAACAGUAUAAGAAGAGUUUCAGGUUAAUUUCUCAAUGAGAUCAGCCUCCUGCAGGAUGUUUGGAGUUACGAUGACCAUCACUAGAUGAAGGGCUUUGAAACUCAAAAGAAAACUUUUCUUGAUUGACAAGAGGUGCUUACUAUAUUAAGAGAGCCCUUUUCUCAUUUUAUUCAUGUAUUUAUUUACUUAUUUAUAUACACUAUAUUGACAGUGCUUCCUAGAUCAGAAGAACUUAUGGAGGAGUUCCCAGAACUCCUUCCUGCCCAGGACAAUAAGUUUGCUAUUUUCCCUUAGGAUGGCAGGACCACCUUUCUCAAUAAAGCUGCAUGUGAUUCUUAGUCCAUCAUUGACCUUCACUCUAUGCUACCUUUUCUCUCAUGCUAUCUAAGGACCUGGUGAACUUGGUAGACAUUCCAGAACCAUUCUUGCUGCACCAGUGCAAUGACUGAGGAGGAAAUAGAUGAUGAGAACCACUUUCCAUCUCUUCUGUGGAGGAAGCCUCUCUAGAACAGGACUGAAAAGUGAAUAUCAGCAGGAGAAUACAGGAAAAGGUAGCAUGCAUAGCUAUCCAUCUGGACCUGGUUGCUGAGCACCUUGGAGCAGCAGGGAAUACUCUAGAAAUGGCAGCUUCUGGACCCUGGUAGAGAAAAGGAAAAACCCAGAUGCCAAAUGUAUGUGGGUUUUGGUGGGGAGGGGAGGGGAGAAUACACAUGAGCACACACACACACACACACACACACACACACACACUACAGUGUGUGCUGAUUUUGCUGGACCUCUCCUUCAAUUGCUGUCUGUUUUGUCCCUUUGUUGCUGGUAGCUGGAGUUUUGCAUUUGUCCAUUUGUCUGCAAUGGGAGUAUCCAGCCAGCUGCUAAGAAGAUAUCUCUUCAUUCUCCAGUUGCUGUUUUUUCUCUAGUUUUGUUACAAAUUCCAUUUCUUCAGAAAAAGGGGAUAGUCAGUCUAUAGACCCUAAGUAGGUCACCUCAGUCCCUGUUGCAGGAAUUUCUUUUUCCUUGUCUUGGACCUUUUCUUUAGAAGAAGUGGUAUCUUGAAGUACUCUGUUAAGGGGAGAAAAAAAAAAGACAACAGAAAACAAAAAAGGCAUUGUUACUUGAGGAGUGUGGGGGGGGGAGCACUGGUGUUCCUUUUCUAAAUCCUGCUUCAAUACAAACAAGAAAGGUGAAGUGGAGGAAGAGGAGGAGUCUAAGGCCCAUCUCAUUUGGAGAAGUUGCUAGGAGCUGGGCAAUAAGCCUGCCAAUUCACCCUCUUAUGACAUGGUACAAUGACAGGGAGGCUAGGGAAGGACGGCUUGUUCUCCCGUUUUAUUUGAGCCUCAGCCGUGUCAGUGCCACGGUGCUAUGGGGACAGGUGUUCCUGGCAUCGAUAAAGAGAAUGCCAGUGACACCCAAGACCUCCUUUACUGAUCAAAGAAAUGUUUACUUGAUUUUCCCGUUUUAUGUUUUGUUCUGUUUCACUUUAAACAUGUCAUUGAGUUUCAUUUUAAUAAUUUCCUUCUGCAUUGACCAAGUGGACUUCAGGUUUUGGAUGAAUAAGAGAAAAGUUUUCAAGCAUGCUACCAAAGUACAGAAACCAGCAACUGCCCGCAUGUGCAUGGCAGGGUGCUGGACAUCAUUAUUGUCGCUGUGGUCUGUCAUCCUUGUUUACAUUUGGGAAACUUUCUGUCUUGGAGUCAGCAGGAUGGGGGAAGGGGUUGUGAUUUAUAAUUCUGCUGUAAACACUGGACCCAGAUUUGGCUGCCUCUCAGCCCCAGGAAAAGGUUAACACAGAUGGUAAAGGAUAUUUGCAUUCUGUUCCUUAACCCUGUUGCUAAGAAGCAGAGUUGGGGGAGAGGACAGGGGGGUGGGGUGGAGAGGGACUCUGGUUUGGCUUAGUGUCCCAUCCUGUGUCCAUAAGAAAAGUGGCCUGACCACAUUACUGACUCUUCCAAGUUGUGUGGGAUUUAAAAACUGAAAAAGUAUUUAUGCUUGUUCAGAACUGAAUAUUGUUGACUCCACAAUCAGCUAAACUUUUGCUUCUGAGCCAAACAGGAACCCAAUUUCCUAAGAUCUGGGGCCAUGUUUCUUUGGAGAUGUAACCUGAGUAUCCCCUGAGCUGCCCAAUCCAACCUCUCAUUGGGUGAUAAGGGCAGUUGUCCUGGGUUGCCUAUCAUUGUUUACAAGAUUGGACUUUUGAUCCUACUGGGGUACCACAAUGGUUCAGGAAGAUGUCCCCAGGGUCAGGGAGAGAGAUAGGGAUAAGGUUAGGGUGAGAAGCAUUACCAUUUAAAUUAAGACAGCUGUCAGAGACUCUUUGCAGAGAAUAUUUGAAAACUAUUGCAUAGGACUCUAGAGGCAUCAUUUGAGCCAAUGUUUCUUUAGUUUUGUAGUCCCAAGCUAUAAAAAUUUUGGUAGCACAAUGGCCAUCUAUACUAAACCCUGGAGUUUGAAUUAAACUCCAAGAAAAGCACAAGAAAUCUGAUCCCCCAAAAGUCCAUGCUCCUUAACUUCCUAGGGCUCCCUUCUAACUUCCCUCUGUUCAAACUCACAUCUUUAUAUCUAAGAAAUUCACAUUUCUAUAGGAGAAGGACUCAAUUGUCCUUCUAGAACAUUAGGCCAAGCAGUUAAUACAGUAUUCUGUGUUUGAAAUAAAGUCAAUGACGACCAGGCUAGUGUAGCAUUGGAAUGAAAUGUGGUCCUAAUGUAGUCUUUGUGUUUGCUUUGUUUGCAUCCAACCAUUACAAAGGAUUGUAUAAAAGGACAUUAAAACCACAUCCCUUGCGGGGCAGGAGGCGAGGAUGGAGAGACAUUAAGCAUCUCUAUUCAACAUGAGGAGGUAGAAAUUCCAAUUCCAGCUGAAGCCCUCCUUUUCCAUCAUCUUUCGACUUCUUAGGAGGACUAGUGGAAGAUACCAUAUAGAUAUACCUCCAAGUUCAAAGGGCUUGGGGAAGAGAACAAGGAUGAGGUCUCCAAUACUGCCUUUCCAGGUGUGUCAGUGCUGUCUCACUUCAUUGUGCUUCCAGCUUGGUGAGAGGCUUCAGAACUUAACACACUCCUUAGCAUAUGGCAGGCACUUAAUAAAUGCUUCUUGACCUGGUUUUGGGUCAAAGCUUUGUCCCACAGCAUUUCCUCUUCCUCACCAAUUUAUAAUGAGGGAUGCCUUUUGCCAUUAGAUAAGUUGAGUACUUGGAGUAUCCUCAGAUAGGAGGCAGUUAAGAAGAGGUUUCAGGAAAGCCAUUAAGACUGGGUGGUUAAUUAAUACUGUUCUGUGUGUAAAAUAAGUUUGUUAAUCUAGGGGCUAAAUAUGUGAGUGAGGUAAAGGUUGUUCCUUAACAGUGUCCUGGGAGAACAUCACCGAGUCAGUGUACUUCCCCUAAAAUGUUUUAAAUGUGUGACUGAUGAUAAAGCAUAUACAGGUGGUAUAUAUCCACAAAGGUUACAAAUAUCCCCCAACCCCAUCUCUCUGAGUUAGAGAAUAGAGUUUACAUGAAUUCAGGUGGACAAUCCAUCAUUUAAAAGUCUCUGGUCAUACCCUUCAGUGUGGCCAGUGUUUUGAGUCCUGGUUUAAGGUUUCAUUAAUUUUAAUUUCUUAGAGGGCCAGUUGAAAAACCCAGGAUUGAAUUUUAUUUUCAUAAAAAUGUCAAAAGAUGGCAGGAGAAAACUAACCAUGGGGUAGGACUGGGUAUCUUCUUAGCACCAAGAUGUAAAAGCGAGCAGGCUGAGUGGAUAAACCAUUGGUGAAACUUUUAAAAUGGUGAGCAUCAUUAUUCUAAAUUAAAAACAUUAGAAGAAUGGAAGAAAAUGUAGAACUAGAUGACAAGAAGUGAAAAAGGCUCCAUGAUGGCCCAACUUUGGCCAGUGUUGCUACAUCUGACUAACACCACAAUUCCAGAUGUGCUUGGCCAGCCUUUGGUCCAAUAGAAAGGUUUUCAUCCUAUUCCCACUGAGGAAUUCUUGUUGUUGGCCUUCCCAUCCUCAAUCAGAGUGGCUAUAAUGAGCUCUGAAGAAAAUCCAUGCCGGUCAGUCUCUCCCUUUCCUUGCUGAUCUCUCCCUGGCUGUUUGUCUACCUGAUCCUCCCCAGCCUCCUUUGACCGGAACAGAAGGUUCUCUGUGACAGAGCCACCUGGCUGUGCGGGAGGCAGAGAAAGAGGGAGGGAGGGAAUCCAGCAGUGCACCGUCAGCAUGGGCACCAGCAUCCAUAAUGGAUGCAAAAUCCAGGAAUGAGCCGCAGAACAUUCUGUGAAACACGGAGGGCAAAACAAGCUUGAAAUAGAGAACACAGACUUGGUAACAUGAAACACCUGAUGGAGAACUAGGUUUCUUUCUAGGGUUUAAAAUAUAUUUGUCCCUUUAAAAAUUCUAUUUAUUUUCCAACAAGCUACUGUAGCUUUUUUCUUUCCUCCCUGGUACUUGUCAUCAGGGACAAGUACGUUGGGCAACACAGGACAUGUUGGAGUGGCAUGAGAAAAAUAGUUUAGGAGAGUUGAAAACCAGCUUGUUGCUCCACCCCCAAGCAAAUUUGAACAAUUCUUUUGCAGUCCCAGGAGACUUCUCUUCAAUGGUAGCUCUCCCAGUUUCCCUCCAGAGAAUGGCAUCACUGCCCAGUGACCCUGUGAUAUUUCUAAGCUGACCCAGACCCAAAAGAAUACAGUGUAGAACAUCCCCACACACACACACAUACACACUUUUCUAUGCUGGAAAAAAGUCACACUCACACACACACACACACACACACACACCUACCUUUCUAACUCUCUGGAAAUUAAAUUUAAGAUGACUCUGGCUGGCCCCAUCCUAUGGUAUUUACUGUUGGACAAUCUCUCCAAGAGAAUUUGUUCACAUGACUCCUUCAGCCUGUCUCCAGACCAAACUGGUUUCGAUAAGGUUUUGCAGUUCUUAUCUGCUGGAACCUAAUCCCUCAGUCCCUUGAUAUAACUCCAUCACUCUAAGAGUAUUAUCUCAUCACUUUCCUACAACACUUUUUUCUGCUCUUUACUCUCAUCUAACUUCCACUAUCUGCCCAAUGCUCUGGGUCACAGGAGGUCAGGAAGAACCUGUAUUAACCAAAAGGAAGGGCAUGGACAACCUAACUGAUAUGAGCACAAUUUUCUUCUGAUAGCAGUCAUGUGACCCCCACUCUUAUUCCUAUUUAGCCCUUCUUUCCCCCUUCCCCUCCCCUCACCAUCUCCAUUCAUUCUCCACACCUCCACCGCACCUGGCAACAAUCCAGAACCUGGGGUGGGGGUGGGUGGAGGGAAGGGGGAAAGCAAAGGUUAAUAUCCACUUUAACCAACAGGGGCUAGUUUACAAGUCUAGAUAAUGGAAGAGCACUUUCAGAUGUCAAAUGCAAAUUAUGUAGCUUUGUACGUUUACAGUUUUCCAUUACUAGAGCAUUAAUAAAUGCUUCCCUCAUAGAACUAUAGUAUUCAUGUGAUAGCUUGUAGGGACAAAUUGUGUCACCAGUGGUUGCUGCUAAUAUCCUCCUUACUACCUUAUACCCUAAUAUUAAUAUGCAUUGAGUAAAGUGUUAUCUAUACACAAUUUGUACAACAUGUAUGCCUAUUUUCAUCUCAGUUAACCUUGCUGACCAGAUAUGAGUUAGAACAUAAACAAGCUAUAAUGGUAAAAAUAAGUGUUGGUCAUUUUUUUUAAUUGUGAAAUUAAUUAUGUACUGUAUUAGCUGUUGUAUUUUGUCCUAUAUUGGCUGUAUCGAAUUAAAGUGCAUGAGACAAAAGGAAUGAUACCUGAUCUAAUAAUUAAAGGAAAAGUUUGCAUAUCUGUGCACUUAAGUGUUAAAAUGUAUUUUGUGGCUUAACUAUACUGUAUGUCUAUAUUUCAUUUGUUUCUGCUUUUCUUCAAGAAACAAUUGUUCAGUUUAUUCUCUAUUCCUAUGUCUUGACAGAAUUUUAUAAUUUUACUCUGCAUUGUUAAGCCAGAAUACCUCAUUUUAACUGUGAAGAUUUUAUUAUUAAAGUUCUAUCAUGUAACUUUUUUUUGAUUGGUUUGUUUUAUGUUGUAUUGUAUUUGAAUGACCCACAGAAGUUUUCAAUUCUUGACAAUAAACAUCACAUUUUG